AUGAGGGCCCAGGAGGUCCGGGCAGACCAAGACGCCCAGGACAUGGACCAGGAAUACCAGACGUUCCCGGACAUAGAGAUCGCCCAGGACGUGGAGGCAAACCAAGACACCCAGGUUCUUCGGGACACCCAGGUUCUUCAGGACACCCAGGUUCUUCGGGACACCCAGGUUCUUGGGGAUACCCAGGUUCUUCCGGACACCCAGGCUCUUCCGGACACCCAGGUAAAUCAGAUCGUCCAGGACGUGGAGGCAAACCAAGCAGACCAGGAGACGAUGAUUGCGAUGGCACUCCGGGAGGCAAAGGCAUUCCGGGUAAACCAAGUAGACCGGGAGGCACAGGCAUUCCGGGUAAACCAAGUAGACCGGGAGGCACAGGCAUUCCGGGUAAACCAAGUAGACCGGGAGGCACAGGCAUUCCGGGUAAACCAAGUAGACCGGGAGGCACAGGCACUCCGGGUAAACCAAGUAGACCGGGAGGCACAGCCACACCGGGAAGGCCAGCCUCACCGGGAGGCACAGCCACACCGGGAACCCCAGGCUCACCGGGAACCCCAGCCUUACCGGGAACCCCAGGCUCACCGGGAACCCCAGCCUUACCGGGAACCCCAGGCGCACCGGGAACCCCAGGCUCACCGGGAACCCCAGCCUCACCGGCAAGCCCAGGCUAUCCAGGAAUACCAAGUCCACCAGGUCGUCAUGAACAUGGAGGCAAACCAAGACCAGGACAACCAGAAGACGAUGAUUGCGAUGACACUCCGGGAGGCCCACGUUCUCCGGGAGGUUCUCCGGGAGGCCCACGUUCUCCGGGAGGUUCUCCGGGAGGCCCACGUUCUCCGGGAGGCCCACGUUCUCCGGGAGGUUCCCCGGGAGGCCCAAGGCAUCGAGGUCAUCCAGGACGUGGAGGCAAACCAAGACCAGGAAAACCAGGAGACGAUGAUUGCGAUGACACUCCGGGAGGCCCACGUUCUCCGGGAGGUUCUCCGGGAGGCCCACGUUCUCCGGGAGGUUCUCCGGGAGGCCCACGUUCUCCGGGAGGUUCUCCGGGAGGCCCACGUUCUCCGGGAGGUUCUCCGGGAGGCCCAAAGCAUCCAGAUUGGUGUUAUUACAGGAGGUCCAGGCACUCCAGGAAAACACGGCAAAGCAACAAAGAAAACAACAAGCUCCCACCAAGAGUCCGGUACUUCAUCUGGAAGCAGUUCAUCAAAGAAAGAGGAUACUAAAGAUGGCAAGGGCAACAGACACAUCAAGACCUCAAACGCGAGUGACAAGUCAGACAGCAACAAGAAAUCCUCUCAAGCUGAAACUGUUAUUAGGAAGUCCGAUGGAUCAGUAACCUAUCGAUCAUCCCGUGACGCCAGUGAAUCCGACAACAACGCAAGCUCAUCCGAUGUACGCGAGAAAAUCACAAAAAAAGACGGAUCCUCCAGUGACAGAUUACAGAAAGACGCCUCUGAGUCCUCCCACAAAGCCACUUCAAGCAACCAGCAAUCAAGGCAAGAAACAAAAGGUGGAUCUUAUGUUGUAUCUUCUAAUGCACAUGCUUCAAACGAAAACAGCAAAGGCGCGUCUACCGAAACGCAAGUUAAACAAAAGAACAUAUAUGGUUCGUCUUAUGAAGAGUUACUGCGAUCGGCUUCAAAGGAGAACAGCAAAAAAGAUUCUACUGACACGCAGUCACAAAAAGUAGACAAAUACGGAUCCAACUCCUCCUCUUUAAAAUCCGCCUCAAGUGAUAACACAAAGGCUGCUUCAGAAGAGACUCAAUGGAAACAGGUAAACAGAGAUGGCUCUAAAGUUCAAGUCAAAGGCAAAUCGGCUUCAAUUAAAAGCGACAAGGCUGCUUCCAAAAGCACACAAAUAAAACAAACCAAGAAAGACGGAUCUUACAGUGCAGUCUCUUCAGACUCUGCUUCAAUAGAUAAGAGCAAUGCUGCUUCCACUGACGAGCAAACCAGAAAACAAAACAAAGAUGGGUCCUACGAAGAGGACCGUAAACAAUUGGCUUCAAUUGAAAGCGUCAAGGCUGCUUCCAAAAGCACACAAUCGGAACAAAUGAAGAAGGAUGGAUCUCUUAUAAAGGAAGCUCAACAAACAGCAUCGAUAGAUCAGACCAAGGCUGCUUCCGAAAGCACACAAUCGAAACAAGAGAAGACGGACGGAUCUCUUGUGGAGGAAUCUAAUAAUAAUGCCUCGAUAAAUAAGAUCAGGGCUGCUUCCGAAAGCACACAAUCGGAACAAGAGAACACGGACGGAACUUUUGUGAAGAAAUCUGAAAAAAAGGCCUCUAAUGAAAAGUUUAAGGCUGCUUCCAGCGACCUGAAAUCUGAAACUGUGUACGCCAAUGGAUCCUCGAGGACUGAAAGUAGAAAGGACGCCUCUCAGUCCAGCGAAAAAAAUGCUAGCUCACAAGACCAGUUGCGCGUUGUUGAAGCAGAUGGCAGCACCUUCAUUAGCAGCAGCAGCGCUGCCUCAUCAUCCUCUUCCAGCGAUUCCUCGUCAUCUUCCACCGUUGAGGAGGUAGUUUCUGAUGACGAUUGUUAA